UGAAUUUUUCACAUAAGAUAUUUCUCAAUUAUUAAAAUGGAAUAUAGACAGAACAAACAUAUCUCGAUAUUUAUAUAUUUUUACACAAGCGAAAUAUUGGAUCAGGAGAUGAUCCCUAGCUAGACAGACACACGAGCUCGGAUCAGGGAGAAUGUUUUCAGUUUCAAAGCCUCCAAGAAACUCUUAGUUCAACAGCUGAUUGGAAGUAAAAUAUUGAACAAUUAUUUUAUCUGAUACUUUCAAAAGUGCAUGAGACAAAAUGAACAGGAUGCGCAGGCCUCUUCUUCAUAUUCUUGCUCAAAUAUCCAGGGCCAGGGGGAGUGCUUAUCAACAACAGAUAAAGAACAGUUUUUCUCUGCCAGCAACUUGUUCAAGCAGUUUAACAUUUUCAUCCCAAAAGCUGAUCUUUUGUUCCAGAUGCUAUGGAUGCAUAUCGGGUUCUAAUUCCUGGAACCAUCAUGGAAAAGGAUUGUCCAGCGUCAACGAGAUAAGGCCUGGAGUUCAUAACCCUAGACAAACAGGUGCAACGAUGGUGACAAUGAAUAAAGUUGAUUCUGUACCAAAGAAAAAGAGACCCGUUGUUGGAAGUUGGCAGACAACAUCCGAAGAUGAGCUGUAUGAUGUUGUAAUUGUUGGAGGUGGCAUGGCAGGGCAGGCCAUGGCUUGUGCUUUGGGGUUUGAAUCAUCUCUUGGUGACCACAGGAUCCUAUUAUUAGAGCAGGGAAAGAAACCUACCCAGUUGAAUGAGCUACCAUCUAAGUAUAGCAACAGAGUUUGUGCUCUUAAUCAUAACUCAGUGAAACUUCUUUCAGAUGUAGGAGCAUGGCAUCACAUGACCGAGAUGAGAGUCAAACCAUUUCGAAGGAUGCAGGUUUGGGAUGCUUGUUCGGAUGCCCUCAUUACAUUCAACCAAUCAGUCGACCUAUCGGAAGACCUAGCUUACAUCGUGGAGAAUGAUAUCACGAAUGCUGCCCUCUCUAGACAGCUUGGAGAGGUGAAAUCCAACGUUGAAGUGCAGUAUGAGAAAAGACUGAACUCCAUCCAGAUCCCACCCCAAGGAUUGUUUGAAGAGGAGAGUUGGGCCCAGCUUCACCUCGAUGAUGAUAGCAUCAUCAAGACCAGGCUGGUUAUAGGAGCUGAUGGAGCAAGGUCUGGUGUCAGGAGACUAGCUGGACUCAAAGAGAUAGGAUGGGACUAUGAUCAGUGGGGUGUGGUAGCUACUCUUCAACUUGCAGAGCCUACUGAGAAUGUUGUAGCUUGGCAGAGAUUUCUCCCGUCUGGCCCAAUCGCAUUGCUACCAUUAACUGAUGAUCAGAGUUCUUUAGUAUGGUCAACCAGUAAAGAACAUUCCAAGGAACUAGUCAACAUGGAUGAACAUGACUUCACAGAGGCUGUCAAUAAUGCGUUUUGGGACGAUAGUCAUCACAACCAGUCUGUCGAUGCUGCUACUCAGUUGUUUGAAGGUUUACUAUCGGCUGUUAAACCCGAUGGGUCGUCUAUCCGUCAGCUACCACCCAGUAUCUCUGGGGUAGAUGCGAGCAGUAGAGCAUCGUUUCCUCUAGGACUAUGCCAUGCUCCAAGGUAUAUCACAGACAGGGUGGCUCUUAUUGGAGACGCAGCUCACAGAGUACACCCACUGGCCGGUCAAGGUAUCAACCUUGGUUUUGGCGAUGUAGCAUCCCUCACAAAGACACUAUCAGAGGCAGCCUCAAUGGGAAAAGAUCUUGGUUCUGUGUCCCAUCUUGAGGAAUACGAGACAGAGCGUCAGCGUCAUGUUCUACCUGUCAUGGGUACUAUAGACAUCCUCAAGAGACUCUACUCUACCAGUAAUCCUGCAGCAGUGCUUAUCAGGAGUCUAGGACUGCAGGUCACCAAUGCUCUAGGACCGGUCAAAGACCGCAUCAUUGCUUCAGCUGCAACUUGACAUUUUGAGUCUAUUGAAUGAACAGUAGCACUGUGCUGAAACACUCUAAGCCCAAGAUACACAUACGUCAAAAAGUGGACUGAGGCUGGCCCGAAGGUGGCUCGACGCAUCUGUAUAUGCUCACUAUUUUUACUGCCGAACAGGACUGAGAACACCUAAAAGGCCUAAACUGAAUUAGAAAUAGGUACAAUAGCGAACAAUAAUUAUUGCUAAUGAACAAUACAAAAUGUCAUCGUGAAAAGACAGGCACUUGAAUAGUCGUCAUGGAAAAAGAAUCUCAAAGUGGUUUGUCUACUUCUGGUGUAUGUGCAACACUACCCUAAUUUUAGGCUUUAGGCCGGUGUCGGAGGCUGCUUCAAACUGGACGCAUGUGUAUCUUGGGCCUUCCAUGGGCCAGUUAUGUAACUUGCUGCGUUGGAAAAUGACUAAAUGAUAGCAUAUCAAGGGAUCGGAAGAUAGUUUUGAAGCAGAUUCCAAAAUUAUUCAAGGAUUGGAUUUUUUUCUUUGGAGGAAAAGAUUUAGUUUGUUAAAUCCUAAAUGAUGCUCAUCAGGUUAUGACAGAAAAUACUGUCUUCAUCACCAAUUGAUUUCUAUAGUAUGUACCGGGUAUUCCAAAAUGAGAUGCAACAUGGCAAAAUCUUCCUCCCUCGUCACUAAAAUCCUUUCCACAAAAAACAUUUUCACUAAAACCCUUUUCAUGACUUAUUGCUGGGGGCACUGCAUAUCUAAAAAACGUUUCUAUUCAUGGAAAGCCUAUUACUAAGGAUCAUUUUGGAAAAAAAUGUGUGUGAAAUUGAUUUUUUUAAGACGUGUAUGAAUCAAAUAGUAUGAUUUACAUCUAGGGCCAAUGUUUAACGUUUCGUCCAAAAGAAGUUACAUAGCUUUAAUAAUCCUCGAAUCUGUCUAUUUGUAACUUCACCAUGUAGCUUUGGAUUACAGAUGCACACCACAACCCACAAGGUUCAAUUUUGUUUUAUACACUUUUUUUUAGUAUUGCCCACUUAAUGUUAUAUCAUUAUGAGGAUCUAUUGUUUGAAUUUGACAUUGUUUUAAAAAAAAGGAUGUCAACUCUCGGUCUGCCAAUAUAGUACGGUAACUGGAAAUUUCUUUUUUUUUAGAAUGGCUAUAAAUUUGGGCAGCUGGAGGGUUGAUAAAGAAAUCAAUCCAUUCUCUUGAUUGCCAAGUGAUUUGUGUUUAUGGAUAACCUUUUUUUUUAAUUAAAGAACAAAAAUUUGAUUCUAUGCCUUCCACUGGUGUGAAUAUUUUUUCCUUUUUUGGAACUUAUACUCUUCUUCUUCUUCAUCAUUACCAUCAUCAUAAUUA